UUUAUAGAGAGGGUUUUAUACUUUUUUAUACCAGAUAACCCAAUCUCCAAGUCUGCAGCGCUGUGAAACCACCCCAGUCAUUGCAUGAGCCGACGGAAGUCGCGGAAGAACAGAUCACCGCAGCAGCCACGACACGACAGUCGCCUGAUUGCAUUUCCCCGUUUCUUUGUACCUGCUUUUCUCAGUCUGAAUUACUCACCUGAAGUAACUAUCGUUCAUCCCCUCCGAUCCAUGACCGUCGACUUGAUCCGUUCCUCCUGCCCACGGACCUGCCAGUGACGUCGUCGGUGCCCUAAUUCAGCCCUACAGUCUUGUUCCUCGGGCGAUCAACCUGCAGGAUCCAUCGAACUGUCCCGUGGUUCUCCGUCUGGAUCUCACUCGUUUGAUCCUAUACCCAUUCUGUUAAUAUUGUUACCACGAUAGUCAUGGGAGGAAUACGGAAUCUGAUCGAGCCCGGUGCGAUCGUGGCAGUUUUCACUGCAGGCACGCUCAUCAAUCGUCGCAAGCAUGUCCGAUUACCAGAAACGCCCUCCGUCGAGUCGCCGCUCCUAGGAGAAAACCACCCUGCACCGCAUAAACCUCCCAAUGAAGACGUCGUCUUCCAUUCUUUCAAAACCCGCCGGACGAUCCAAUCGCGGAUCCUGGCCUACUUCCCAUUCUUACUGGAGAUCUGGUACUGGGUGUUGACCUACUGGAUCUACCAAGGCCUGCGCGCAUUCUCCGCCCGCCAGAUCGCCGGACACAAGGCCAUCUUCGACCGCGCCGAAGACCAUGCGCACCAGAUCCUCGCCCUCGAGCACCUGCUGCACAUCGACAUCGAGCUGUCCGUCCAGCGCUUCGUCCUCUCCCAACUCCCUCCCCUGAUGCCCGUCCUCGCCAAAGUCUACUACUCGCACAUCGUCCUCGGCAUCGUCUUCCUCGUCUACUGCUUCACCUACCUCCCACGCGACCGAUACCAGUCUGUCCGCCGCGCGCUCUCCUUCGAGAACGUCCUCGCCUUCUGCAUCCUGAGUCUCUGGCGCUGCGCCCCGCCCCGUCUCCUGCCCCCGGACGACGGGUUCAUCGACGUGCUGCAUAAGAACCGCACCGGGUCGGCCUGGACGUCGAAUAAGUUCCAGCUGACGAUUGCGGCUAUGCCGUCAUUGCAUUUUGGGAAUGCGUUCUUCAUCGCGUUUGUCUUGGUCAGGUUUAGUCCGCACUGGGGUGUUAGGGUCCUGGCCCCGCUGUGGCCGGUGUUGAUGGGUUUGACGGUCGUUGCGACGGCGAAUCAUUUCUUGUUGGAUGCGCUGGUGGGCGCCGCUGUUACUUUGACGGCUUAUCGGUUUAAUGGCGUCAUGUUGGGGCUGUUGCCGGUUGAGAGGGUGUUGUUCCGAGUGUUGAGGUUGGAGAAGCCGGAGGAGUAGGCUUCUUUGCUUCUGGGUUGAGUUUGAGUGUAGAGUAUUUUUAUAUUCGCUCGCUGGACUGGGCAUCAGAAUAGACCGG